UAUUUUUCAUUAUCCCUUUUUAUAUAUAAUAAAAAUAUGUCUCGUCCUCAAGAAGAUGGUAUCAUUCGCUUCGGUGAUCAUGUUUCAAUCAAGCACGUCUCUACCAACCGUUAUCUUACUUCCCAACAAGGCACUUACGAAAGUGGUUCUUUCCAACAAAAGGUCUUCACUUUAGAAGGAUCUCCUAACGAUGAAAGCACCUGGAUUGUUCUUCCUCCUACCAUUACUGAAGAAGAGGCUGGUUACGAGGUUGGAUUCGAGGAUAGCAUUCGUCUCAAGCACGUGACUGACCGUGCCAACCUCCACUCUCAUGAGAUUGAGAGUCCCGUCUCUGGUCAACAAGAAGUUUCUUGUUUCGGUGAUGAUGACUCUACUGACGAAAACGAUGUUUGGAGAGUUGAACAAUACGAUCAAGAUGACGAGCAAUAUGACGAUUUCUGGCGUGUUGACCAACCCGUCAUUCUUCGCCAUGUUGCUACUGGUAAGCUCCUCCACUCUCAUGAGAUUUCUUUGGCUGAUGGCGAGAACGAAGUGACUGCUUUCGAAGGUCUCGAUGACAACGACAAGUGGGCCGUUUCUUUUGAUUAAAAAUUGUAUACCUAUUCCCCACACACACACAUUUAAAUAAACCACUUUUUUUUUUCUGUUUUAGUACUACACUAAA